CAAUUAUAUAAAUAAUCAAUCAUAUCCAUCAAUCGACAACAGAGCAUUUGGUUCCUUGAUCAUCAUCACAUUACAAACAAAGAAACAUAAACACAAUCAUCUUCAACAACACGGUGCUUACAUUACUCAUAGCAUUCAUAUACACAACAAGUUAUUUUGUCAAAGAAGAAAAAAUCUCAAGUACUUUCAAGUAUCAAGGAUUUUAGUUAUAAGCAAGUGAUUCAAGCAAAGUUCAACAACAACAACUACUUGAACUCAUACUAUUUCUAUUCAACACAUUUCAAAUUGUUACAAAUAUCAUCUUUCAUCAUUUUGUUGACAAUUUUGUCUUUGAAGGUACGAGAACUCAAUUAUAAAUUACAAAAGAUUGAGGAUACUAGUAUCAUUACAACAACAAUAUUAUAUUCAAGGAUAGUAUAACAACAAUUAAAGUUUCAAUAUAUUUAUGCAAGACUCUCGGAAAAUGGCCUCAGUUGAAGAUUAUCCUUAUGAUCAAUCAAUGUUCAAAUUUUCAAAUCCUCCAACUGCUUCAGGUACAAUUGGUGACUUGAAUGGGUUUGGAUUCCCAACCAAUCAAAUUGAAUACUUCAACCUUGGACAACCACCAAUGAAUUUGGAACCAAUGAUUAAUCAUUCAUAUGAUUUAGCUUCAAGUACCAUGGAUCCAUUAAGUAAUGUCUCUCCAUCAAUUGAACAACAUCAACAACAACCACCACUUCAACAACCAGUCUUCCUUUCAAAUGCCAAUCUUUUGGAUUUAAACCAAACUCAGCAAAUAAUACAACCUCAAUUAUCACAUCCAUUAAGUUCUACUGAUGAUUCAUCUUCAAGUUUAACACCUUUUGAUCAAUCUGUUAGUUCAUCAACAGCACAAUUCUCCAAUAGCGGGUUUAUAUCUGAAGAUUCAGUGUUUCCACCAGUUGAUGCUUUCAUUCCAUCAAGUAUAGAUACCCAACAUCAACAACAACAACAUCAAUUUCAUUUACAAAAACAAAACCAAGUACAAGGAGUUAAACAAGAACAUUUCCAAAGAUCAAGAUAUCUUAGUGAACCAAACAUUAUGACUUCAACUUCGAAUGAUUCACCAUUUUCUUUAUCACCACAAUCAAUUACAUUUGGUUCAAAUCCUCCAACAAGUGCCACUACAAUCACUACAACAACUACACUUUAUGAUUCAAAUGUCAAACCAUUAUAUCAAAGAUAUAGAGUCAUUAGAGGUAUAAGUUCGGGUGGAUCAGCAACAAAACCUCCAAGAAUCAUGACUACAGCUAAUCAUCAUUAUGUUCCAGUUAAUUUAGAACUCUUGGAUGCUAAUUUACAAGAGUGCUGUUUACCAACUUGGAAUGAAGAGGAAAAAGCUGAUAAAAGAAGAAUAAUAAGGAUUGAACGUUAUCAAGUUGGUUCCAAAAUCAUUGCCAAAUUUUCUAUUGUUGGUUCAGCAAAGGAGAAUCCAACUCCAUUGGAAAGUCAACCUGGUGUUGAUGUUGUUGAAGUUUCAUGUCUUGAAUGUUUUACAAAGCAAAGUGAAGAUACAGAUAAUGAAGAAGAAUCUGGUAAUAGUACACCAAUGAAUAAUUAUAGUUAUGGUUCAACAAAUACUAAUGGUGUUGAAGAAACUAAAAGAAGUUUUUAUAUUACCAGUGUUGAAGUGAUCAAGAUUGUUGAAUUGUUGAUUGGUACAGAAGUUCAAGAUCCAGCAGAACGUCGUCGUGAAAGAGGACGUAUUAGAUCCAAUUUAGUUCCAUUUUGGUCCAAAAGACCAAUUAGUUCAAGAAUGUCUAAUAAUGAAAUGAGAUCAAAUUCAUCAUCACCAAAAAGUGAAUCAAAUAAUUCAUUUAAUCAAAUUUCAAACAUAUCACCAGAUUAUUCAGAUUUUAGAAUUGAAUUGGCUACAAGAAUUAUGGCUUAUGAUGUUAGAAAACCAAGAGGAUUUGAUAAAGAAGUUCGUAUCUUGAAGUGGGAGAAAUUAAUCCCAGCUUUAAGAAGAGCUUUACAAAGUUAUUAUGCUGAGAUUCCUGAUGGUCAAGAUGAUUUUUAAGUCACGGGUAAAGAUAGCUGGAAUUUUUUUAAACUUGGGUAUACUUUUUCUAAUUUCUUUUCAAUUUGAUUCACUGGUGUGGUUUUUGUUUUACUAAUUGGGUUUUGAUCAACAAUUUUGGAGUUUUAACUAAUUUGAUUAUAUGAUGGUUUUUUAACUUGACGUUAUAUUAAUGUUUGAUGUUGUGUGUUUUUUUUUAUAAAGUUGGUGUUUUUUGUCUUUCCUUUAAUAUACUUAUGAUAUGAUUGAUUGAAGUUUUGUUUGUGAGCUGUGUGUUUUUUCCUUUCUGCUGUUGUUUAGAUAUUUGAUUUCCUUAUUCAUUCAUACAUACAAUUGAUUUGUGUAUACAAUAAAAUAAUUUUGAAGUACUAAUACCUUAACUGUAGAGCAACUAUAUAGAGACAAAGCUAGUACAAAAGAUUACACAGCUAUUUAAUACCAUUACUAUAGCAC